UGCAGUUAAAUAAUCCUAUACCAUAUGAGGGUGUGGCGAUACGGAAAAAAAAUCCAUACAGUCUCUUCAAAAUGGGCGGAAACCAAUGAGGAAUUAGAAGGAACUUGUAUAAAACGCGAGAGAGAGGAGCGGAAGUGAAAAAAAGAAGGGGGAAAUAAACUUAAAACUCAUAGGUAAACCAAGAGGAUAACAUGCUACCUGAAGGCCGGGCGCUGCCAGUUGUUCCUGGAUUAUUCUGUGCGCUAACGAGGCGCGAUCGCCAAGUGACGGAGAAAUUGAGCUCUGCACCUUUCGCCUGCCUGGUGCAACCUAACUCCAGCCUGUCUCACCUGCCACAGAUUGGUUUUCUAGCUGUUUUGGUGUUUGGUGCAACAAGAGCCUUGAUUUGUUGGAUCUACCUUGAACUGACAGGUAGUGCGAGUGGAGUUCAAUUCUCUGGCCCUCUUUUCCAAGAACAAACAUGUCCAGUGACCCCCCUCCUCCCUACCCAGGGGGCCCCAGUGCACCUCUUCUCGAGGAGAAAAAUGGACAACCUCCUGUUUCAGCAGCCACGUCUUCAGUAGUGACAGGACCUCCACAGAGACAGCCCCUACCUCCCGAAUAUGGACCUCCACCUUAUGAAGCCACAGUACAACCUGGCUUUGUUCCUCCACACGUCCCAGGCGAAGGUGCAAUGCCUAAGCCUAUGGCUAUGCCUAUGCCUAUGCCUCAUCCCCAUGGUGGUUACUACCCCCCCCAUGGGCACUAUCCUCAUCCAAUGGCAGAGCACUACGCUCCAGGGCCCAGUCACUUUGCUCCUGGCCACACAGCCACCGUUAUCACCCCUCCUGGUGCAGCCACUACUGUGACUGUUCUGCAGGGGGAGAUGUUCCAGUCAGCUCCAGUGCAAAUGGUGUGUCCACACUGCCAGCAACCCAUCAUCACCCGCAUCAGCCACGACAUUGGCCUCAUGAAUACCCUUUUCUGUCUCUUCUGCUUCUUUGUCGGUUGCGAUCUAGGCUGUUGCUUGAUCCCCUGUAUGAUUGACGAGCUGAAGGAUGUGACACAUACUUGUCCGAACUGCAAGGGCUAUAUUUACACAUAUAAGCGCAUAUGCUAACAGUUUAUCCAAUAGUCAACAAUCAGGCUGUGACCUCAUUCUAGUGGGUGUUGAUAACCCUUUCAUUUCCAUAUGCUCUGUGUUCAUUUUGCCCAUACCUGACAGCCCAUAGUUUUAGCUAGCUCUGAUUUUAUAUAACUAUUGAUUCUAACACUUAACGUACAGACAACAUUAUAUAUUCACUGAUGACUCUAAAUGAAGCAUAGAAGACAAGCAGUGAUUGAAGAAGGCAUUACGAAUCAGUCAAUUUUAUUUGCACAGUGGUCUGGGCUACAGGGCCUUUUUAUUUAUUAUAGUUUUUUGUGGAUUAGUUUAGAGAAUAUGUAAACAUUGUAACUGUGACAAGCUCACGUGAACAAUUCAGCUAAAUGAAGUUCACUUCAGGGUCAGUAAUGUUUGAAUUGUAGGAGAUAUUUUAACAUAUUACAAUGGAAGUCUUUAAUGGCUGAGUCUGGGACUAACGCUGUAAAGUCCUGGAGUAUUGUUGUUGCUUUUACAUGCAAUUAAACUUUCUCUAUAUUUGGCAUCUUAUGCAAAUGUUAUAGGGGAUAAAUUCUUUCACUUUUGUAUUUGGUUAAUAUAUUUGAUGGUGAGGAUUGUUACACAUUUUUGUGUAGAUUUGUGUAAUUUUAGAUGAAGGGGUUCUAUUGCUAAUGGAUGUGAAUAUCCAUCUCACCCUUCUUGUAAUAAUUAACAGAUAUUAGAUAGGUUUCAUAAAGCUCAUGGUGUAAUAACACCAAGCAGUUCAUGUCAGGGUCAUAUUUGUGAAAUUUGACCAAUACACUUUCACUUUCUUUUUUGAACUUUGAAUCAAAAUUAUCGCAAAGGUGCAUCUUGAACCACUAUACUUAAUGUUUUGUGAUGUCAGGAAACUAUAUGAAAACUGUUUGAGGCUAUAUAUACUGAUAUCUCGUGUCCAGGUCAAUUUACCAGUACUAAAAUGGAAUUGGUGUUAAAACUUGUCUAAAAUUAACAUUUAGUCUUUUAAUUAUCUUUUACUUGUACAUAGUAAAGGUGCUUUCUUCAAAAAGGAGGAUAUUUCUGGUCAGUCUGUUCAAAGCUGCUUUGCUGUUGGAAUUCACCAGCAUGAUGAAUCACGCUGCAUGACAUCACUGUAAUCUUGCAUAGAGAACUAUCGAGCCAUAUGUCAUCUCAGUUCUCUGAGCUCAGCGUGCCACACUGGGCUUCAUAACUCAAAGCAGAUUAACCGUUCGCUUACUGAUAUUGUAUGCAACAGGAUUUAGGGGGUGAUUGUCCUGUUCUUUCCUUUUUUGUGGGUGUGAAAUUGUAAUUUCACUAGAGAGAUUGAUACAUUUUCAUUGUCAUCUCUAACUAUGAGUUGUUUCUUUUGCUACAUUUUGUGGAUCACCCUAAAAAAAUGAAAUCUGAUCUGUGGUCAGUGCCAUCAGCACUUGGCUUAGAAUGAAUGUUCUGAUUGCAAAAUACCAUUUGUAAACAUUACAGUUUGGUCCUGAUGUAAUUUACUGCUGAGAAGUUACAGAAAUCCAAGAUACCACAUCAGCAGUGCUUGGACAUAAUAGCUGAAUAUGGCAUUAAUUUAUACAAUUUUUGUAAGAUGAUGAUAAUGCAGAUAUUCUAAUGUUUCUCUGGUAGACAAUCCGGCAACAUUAUGGUUGUUUAAGUGUCAAACUUUCCGUUUUCCAUUGUAGUGUUCAUCAUAAAUAAACAAUUGUAGCGCUCUCUCUGUAAAUGUGCAUAUAAAUCUACUGUCUUGUUAUAUAUGGUUUCUUUCUCUCGAUCUUUAAUUGACCUCGUUUCAUAGUUUUUGCACCUCUGCCAUAAUAUGCAUACCCAGACAUUACAACUAACUGUAAUUACUUUUGCUAACUUGUUAGGGCUUGGUUUUUAAAGUAUCCAGUACUUAGGAAUCCAAAUCUCCUAUUUGUUUGAUUGAAAAAUUACCUCAUCUCAUCCCAUGAGCCACAACCUGUAUGUAAUAAAGGAUACCUCUUUGCCAUCUACACAUACAUAACUUAAUGGAUGUCUAUUUGAUUAUUGAAAUAAUCUCCUGUCAAUAUGUAUGCAUGUUCAUUGGGUAUACUUGCACAACCCAGGCUGGCUCCCUUUAAUCUAUUAAUCUCUUGACUUCAUAGGUCUGCAGGUAAAUGCUUUAUGAAGUGACUUGAUGCUGUGCCAGACAGAGUAGACGUCAAGCUUGUGUUACAGGAAUGCAGAAUCUGUGAUACAUACAAUGCAGAUACAUGCAUUGAGAUUAGUCUGUGGCACAACACAUGAGUCCAUGCUAAACUGAAGUCUCAAAUGUGUAUGUUAAUCAAAACAUAUGGACUUGUGAUUAUUUGAACAAAUAAAAAGGAA